UUAUUUUUAAAGGUUAUAGAAAAGACAGAAAGGUUGUGAGUUUACCCUACCUGAGGAGCAUCAUCCAACAUCUACCGCCUCGGAGAGCCAUCAGUUCCUCUGCUAAGGAGGGGUAAAAAUGAAGAAGCUCACAGAACUAGUUCUCCUUACAGUCCUCUUGGCGCUCUUCAGUCAAGCUGAAGCAAAUCCUUUUGUUUACAACUACGAGGCGCUGAGGAUCGGGGGUUUGGUCUUCACAGCCCUGCUUGUAGCAGGAGGGGUUACAGUUUUGUGUUGGGGGCAGUGCAAACAAAAAAGAAAGGGUGAAGAAGAUGCAAGCAAAAUCUAAGGAUCAGGGACGUAAUCCGCUGAAACUUUCCAUGGGAUAUUUGAUCGAGUAGAAGACUAGAAACUACAGAUGGCUAACUAGCUCCACUUCUCACUUGUACUUCAUUUCAAUGUAGUUUUUCCAUCGUUUCAA